UCUCCAACCAAACAGUUCGAAGAUCCUCGUUGCAAGAUGAAGUUCGUUGCAUUUCUCCUGCUCGGCAGCCUAACUCUGGCCUUGGUGUUGGCAUUUCCUGCUGAGCUCGGCGCACAUUCUGCUCUGCCAGCUGCUGACGCUGCUGCUGAAUCAGCUGCCACAUCCGCCGGGACAACAGCGGAGAACCAGGAGGAUCCUGCGCUCCUCCGUGAGCCACGCCAUCUGCUGAAAUAUUUACUCUCCAAGCCCGUGGUGGUGCAGCCCAUUGUGGUGCAGCAGCCUUAUGCCACAUACCCCAGUGGCUAUGGCCGCGGCUAUGGCUAUGGCAAUUCCUACGGCUAUUCCUACUACGGCAACCGGCGCUAUUGAAAAUUGUGUUAAAUAUUUAAGAACCCAAAUUUAAGAGACUGAAAAUAAAGCUACAUCUAAGUCGAA